GAGAGACAUAUGAGCUUCAACUACUCUGCUACUUGUAACUUCAUCUUCUAUACUUUCUCUAUUUGAAUUUACCAAAAAGAAGAAAAAUGGCUGCCAGUGACAAUAAAAAUUCUCUUCUCAACUAUGUUCCGGUCUACGUUAUGCUUCCGCUGGGAGUGGUGAACGAGAAAAAUGAACUAUCAGACCCUGAAACGCUGGAGGCGCAGCUCAAGCGUCUCAAAGAACAAGCUGGGAUCGACGGCGUUAUGGUCGAUGUUUGGUGGGGAAUCAUAGAGUCCGAUGGCCCUAAGCAAUACAACUGGACCGCUUACAAAAAGCUAUUCCAGCUUAUCGCCAGUUUAGAACUCAAGAUCCAAGCUAUCAUGUCGUUUCACAAAUGCGGUGGAAACGUUGGUGACGUGGUCACGAUCCCGAUCCCCAAAUGGGUCCGCAAUGUCGGUGACAGCAACCCGAUAUAUUCUAUACAAACC